UACCACCCCGUGACUCUCGAAGCGUGACUCCGUCGUUCCGUCCUUCUCCUCCGCGCAGUCUCGAUCUUUACGCCGUCUCUUUCCCACCCGCGACGUACCCCCUUGCCCACACCACUCGGAGUUACCGCCGCCUGCCCCCUGUCUCCGUGCUCUCCGGCUGCGUGCGCGAAUGUUCAAGCAAGGCCCUCGUUCGUGUGACCUGUGGUUUCUACGGCGUUUUCCUACCCUUAGUGCGAGCACAGCGGCCCAUCCGCAGUCCAUCACUCGCCACGAAACGCGAUCGCAGAGUGUUCGGUGCGCGCUCGUGGGUGAAUCGUUUUCUCGCGUUGCUCCGCUACAACGUCGCGAGCUAACCGCCAGCGAGUGUGCCCGCCGUACCGCGCGUACCCGCGUCCAGCCGGAAAGCGGAAGACGCACGACGACAUUCCCGGAGACUCGGUGGAUCCGAAUCGCGGACAGAAACGGCGAGAUCCCCGGUGGAAGCGAGUGGACGAGUGAUUAACGAUCAACGGCCAGAGAAAGUGACUCGAGGAAGUGACUCGGUUGUUACUCUUCGCGGUUUUACACGCCACAGCAACGUUUUCGCGAACAGAGCACCGAGAGGGGAAGGAGAGCCGAGGAGAGGAGCGAAGCUACGGUGUCGGACCGGUGGGCGGCGAUAGGAGGUGCUGACACGCACGCACACAUGCACGUAGGUGGGAAGGGGUGGAUAGAUUGAAGGACGAGAGGGGUGGUCAGAGCGGGUGAGUUCUGAGAAGGGUGGGCCCUCCAAAGUGUCUUGUCUCCUAUCAUCCUGUCGUCCAGGGUAUCGCUUACGAAUGUCGCGCGAUCGAGCGAUCCGUCUCCGAUCCACGACGACGAGGGACUUCCGGCCGACGGAGGCGACGCGAGGUGCACAUUAGAUAGAACGGAGAAUCAGCGCCGACACGGUUGGACUGAUAUGCGACGCGAAGGACUGGAACCGCUCCGCGUGUCGGACAGACUCUGCUGGGCCGUCGGAACGUCGACGGAGCCGGCGGCGAGCUUCUGACGGGAGGGUGACACGGGCGACGGGACGAUCGUGCUAAGUGGAAGAGGUGACGAGUCGCGUGUGACCGGUGACGGGACGGUCGAGGGACUGGAGACGAUCGUGCCGUGCACGGGGAUUCCCGGACCUUGGCUCGCUGGACGCGCGUCGACGAUGUCGGGCGAAACGGAGAUCGAGGUGUCUGUGGUGUCCGAGGAGGACCUGGAGCUGGAGGGAUCGAGAAGUAGCUCGACGCCAGCGGAGCUGCUCCUUCAAGAGAAGAACGGCAAGCCCGGUUGCGGGUUGAACAAUCAUCACUCGUUCAGCUUCGACGUCGGCAAGCCGGCACUCAGGCCCCCGUGUAAUCCUCAGUACACGUCCUUCAGCAUCUCCAGCAUCCUCGGCAGGCCUGAAUCGCCGCCAGUCGACUCGACGUCCACCGUGUCCGGCGAGAGGCAGUCCUCGGACGUGGACAGAGCCUCACCGCUGCCGCAAACGCAAAACUCCCAGCGGAUCGGUUCGACCUGCGACAGCCCUGGAAGAGGACUGUCCUCGCCGACGCCUCUGAGGUACUCGAGCCAAAGGGGCACUUCUACGGUGGGCCACGGGUUAGAGACUAGGAACAAUACGGCCAGUAUCGGUAUCGGGUGUACUACCAGUGCUACCAGCCCAGCAACGACAUUCUCGCCUCCGAACGACGCCGCUGCGAAUCCGCUCCUGGGACACCAAGCGUCGGCGGACUUGGCUAUGCUGUCGAGAUUGGGCCUGAUGUCGUCACUGAUAGCAGGACGCUACCCAGUGGGAAUAGGCGUGGGUGGGGUGUUUUUCCCGUCGACGCUGCAGCACCUUCACCAGCAACAACAGCAUCAGCAUCACUCGCGGCUGGCGGCCGCGUCGUCGGCGCUGAGCAACGCUGUGCAGGUCACCGGCCAAUCGGACAUCGUCGACGCCGACGGCAUCCGCGGCGUCCUCCCCAGCGGCGCCGGUUGGCCGUUUCCAUGGAGGCCGACACAUGGCCUGCAGACGCUCGAGCAUCCGUCGCCGAGCGACGUGGUGGGCUCGCUGAGCCGCGUCAGUCCUGCUUCCGCUUCCUUCCCGCAAAGGGACGACCUGGACGACGAGAACGGGGAGGACCGUCUGCACCGGACACGGAGUCCGUCAUCCGGCGACGAGGGCCACGACGACCUCGGGGAGCAGGACGACUGCCAGGACGCCGACGGGGAGGGUGAAUCAACGAACUCGACGGGCCUGCACGGCGGCGGUGGCACGGGGAACGGCGGCAACGGUGGCGGGAAUCCGAACAGCGUCCAGGUCGGGGUGGACGGACGCGACUCGAGCAGCAUGAAACGCAAGAAGAAGACGCGCACGGUGUUCUCCAGGUCGCAGGUGUUCCAGCUGGAGAGCACGUUCGACAUGAAACGCUACCUGUCGUCGUCGGAACGCGCCGGUCUGGCGGCGUCGUUGCGGUUGACGGAAACCCAAGUGAAGAUCUGGUUCCAGAAUCGUCGUAACAAGUGGAAGAGGCAGCUGGCCGCCGAGCUGGAGGCGGCAAACAUGGCGCACGCCGCGCAGAGACUGGUCAGGGUGCCGAUAUUGUAUCACGAGGCGUCAGCCGGCACCGGGGCGUCAGGCGGUGUCUCGGUGUCGGUGGCCGCACCGCCGACGGCCGCUGCGCCAGCGUCGGUCGCGACGUCGGCGCUCUCCCACUCGGUCGGCGUCGGCGUCGGCGUCGGCACCUCCUGCCCCCCUACCACCGCGCAGCCGAUCUUCUACUCCCAUCACCAUCAGCACCACCAUCAUCAUCCGGGUCACGUGCAGGCGCACACACUCCUGCCCCACCAGGUACACCCACAACCGCCGCCCCCCCCGCCCCCGCCGCCUAACGGACAACCACCCCAAUCCUCCUCGCAAUAACACCGUCCGGCUCACGAGACCGUCGGCCCGCCGCAACCAACCGUCGCUGACAGCACGAUGUCUCUCUCGCGAAUCGCCACGAUCGCGUUGUCAGGUUGAAACACUGGCAUUUGACGUUCUUGGACCGUCGGGGAUGCUCACUGGACGAUUGGGUUGGUUCGAUCGGGUUGUCUUUUUUCGGUUGCUUUGGGGUAGACAUUUUUCGAAACCUUACUCGAUGGAGAAUCGCGGGGAUGUU